GGGAGGGGCCAAGUCACUCCUCCACCGACUGCCCCGCUGAUGUUCAUCACUUGAUGUUCGUCCUCAGUGCAGGGCAACAGAUACCCUGAUAUUUGAACAUGGCUUCUUUCAUCAAACUCUGUCCCUUCUACACCCGGGACCCCUCAGUGUUCCUGCGGGUAGCUAAACCCAUCAUCCUGCGCAGUGCAGAGCGCUGUCCAGUCUUGGUGUCACGUGCCUUGUCCACUACUGCAGCUAACCAGCAGAGGUCCAAAGACUCCACACCAUCUACUGGAAUCUCUUAUGGAGCCUCCAACAGACGCACCCUGGCUCAAGCAGCUCCACAAGCUGCCACCGCCAGUGCCAAGUGCCCCUUUAUCGAGACCGAGAUGGAGAAGGAUGAGAGUAAUAUUGUCCAGAAGGCAGGGCCUGAAGUGCAGGAGGAUCUUAAAACCUUCAAAACUGAUGUUAUCAGUUCUCUCCUGUAUGAAGUCCAGUCCAGCCUGAAGAAGAAGUUCCUCGGUACUCCAGUGAAAAAAGUAAACCUUGGAACUGGGGCCCCUCUCACCCCCACUCAUCUGAUCAAAGAAAACAUGACAGGUGGAGCUGCCUUCGGCUACGAUGAGUUCUUCGACCGGAGGAUUGAGGAGAAGAGGCAGGACCACACAUACCGGUUGUUCAAAACUGUGAACCGCAGGGCUGACGCCUACCCAUUCGCUGAGGAUUUCUCUGACCUCCAGGGCAACAAGAAGGAAGUGUCCGUUUGGUGCAGCAAUGACUACCUGGGCAUGAGUAGGCACCCUAAGGUGCUGCAAGGCAUUGCGGAGACUCUCAAGGAUCACGGAGCUGGAGCAGGUGGGACCAGGAACAUUUCAGGCACCAGCAAGUUCCAUGUGGACCUGGAAUGUGAAUUAGCAGACCUGCACAAUAAGGAUGCGGCUUUGCUCUUCUCUUCAUGCUUUGUCGCCAAUGACUCCACUCUGUUCACAUUGGCAAAGAUGCUACCAGGUUGUGAGAUUUACUCUGACGCCGGAAACCACGCCUCUAUGAUCCAGGGCAUCCGAAACAGUGGUGUGGCAAAGUACGUUUUCCGCCAUAAUGACCCUGAGCACCUUGAAGAACUGCUCAAAAAGUCAGACCCGAAGAAGCCAAAGAUUGUUGCAUUUGAGACUGUCCACUCUAUGGAUGGUGCCAUCUGCCCCCUGGAAGAGAUGUGUGAUGUGGCACACAAAUAUGGAGCCAUGACAUUUGUGGAUGAGGUGCAUGCAGUGGGUCUGUAUGGGGCUCGUGGUGCAGGUGUCGGAGAAAGAGAUGGAGUCAUGCACAAGAUGGACAUUAUCUCUGGAACACUGGGAAAGGCCUUUGGCUGUUUCGGUGGCUAUGUAGCAAGCAGCGCUUCACUCAUAGACACAGUGCGUUCUUAUGCCGCCGGAUUCAUUUUCACGACCUCCCUCCCUCCCAUGGUGCUGGCCGGAGCUUUGGAGUCUGUGCGUGUCCUAAAGAGUGAAGAGGGGCAAGCUCUCCGACGUGCCCACCAGCGUAACGUCAAGCACAUGCGCCAACUCCUAAUGGAUGCUGGGCUGCCCGUCAUCAACUGCCCGAGCCACAUCAUCCCCAUACGGGUUGGUAAUGCCGCCAUGAACACCAGGAUCUGUGACAUACUUCUGUCUGAGAACAACAUCUACGUCCAAGCCAUCAACUACCCAACCGUUCCCCGUGGAGAAGAAUUGCUCAGGCUGGCUCCCUCCCCUCACCACACUCCCGCCAUGAUGAGCUACUUCGUAGAGAGCCUGGUACACACAUGGAAGGAAGUCGGGAUGCCUUUGAAAUCACCAUCUGCAGCCGAGUGCAACUUCUGCCACCGCCCCCUACACUUUGACCUGAUGAGCGAGUGGGAGCGUACCUACUUUGGGAAUAUGGAGCCGAAAUACAUCACCAUGUACGCCUAACCACCACCACCACGUUCUGAGGCUCACCACACCCAGACCAGCGGUCUUCAUGAAGCAACUCCACCAAUAAACCUUUGAUACCUCCAAUCAUCAUUCUGAUAGCGCACAGCAGGCCUUGCAUAUAAAAAAUUAUAGAAAAGAGAGUGGUCAGCUAGGUUCUACAUGGCACUUUGUAACUUGCAGUUAAAAAAAAGGGCAGCCAGAAUCUGAUUGGCUGCUAUUGGGAACACAGGCUUAUUAUCACGCUUGCUUGAAUGGUGACCAGGAACCUCCUGAGCACCAAUUACCGCAUAGCUUCUGAAGCCCCGCCCCUUCUUUCUUGCCUGCAAUGUACAAAAGUACGUAGGGGUGCAUUUAUAUAAAAUUUGUGGGGCCAAUCAUCCCAUGAAACUGCAUGUAUAUUUGUGUUGUGAAAAUGGGGGCAAAAUGUAAUGUUAUUUUUUUUUUUUCCUCCAGGAUGAUUAUUAUUCAUUCAUACAGCAAUUUCGGAAAAUAAUCUCAUUGGGCCAGAUCCACAGAGAAAUAGAUGGGCGCAGCGUAUCAGAGAUACGCUACGCCGCCGUACCUUACCA